GGGCGGCGGGCUGCGGGACGCACGGGGCUGGGGUCUAGGGUGGGACCCGCGGAGCGCAAUGGAGUUGCUCUCGGCCCUGAGCCUAGGCGAGCUUGCGCUCAGCUUCUCGCGGGUGCCACUCUUCCCUGUCUUUGACCUCAGCUACUUCAUCGUCUCCAUUCUCUACCUCAAGUAUGAGCCAGGAGCCGUCGAGCUGUCCCAGCGCCACCCCAUGGCAUCCUGGCUGUGUGCCAUGCUGCACUGCUUUGGGAGUUACAUCCUGGCUGACUUGCUCCUGGGAGAGCCCCUGAUUGACUACUUCAGCAACAAUGCUAGUGUCCUGCUGGCCUCAGCUGUCUGGUACUUGAUUUUCUUCUGCCCCCUGGACCUCUUUUACAAGUGUGUCUGCUUCCUGCCUGUGAAGCUUAUCUUUGUGGCCAUGAAGGAGGUGGUGAGGGUCCGCAAGAUUGCGGUGGGCAUCCACCAUGCACAUCACCAUUAUCACCACGGGUGGUUUGUCAUGAUUGCCACUGGCUGGGUCAAAGGCUCCGGCGUUGCCCUCAUGUCCAACUUUGAGCAGCUGCUCCGAGGGGUGUGGAAGCCAGAGGUCAAUGAGAUCCUGCACAUGUCCUUCCCCACCAAGGCUAGCUUGUACGGCGCCACACUCUUCACUCUCCAGCAGACCCGCUGGCUCCCGGUAUCCAAGGCCAGCCUCAUCUUCAUCUUCACCAUGUUCAUGGUGUCCUGCAAGGUGUUCCUGACGGCCACUCACUCUCACAGCUCCCCUUUUGAUGUUCUGGAGGGCUACAUCUGCCCUGUGCUGUUUGGGACAGCCUUGGGGGCUGACCAUCACCAUGAUAAUCACGGAACAUCCCACGGCAGCUUCCAUGGUGGCAGCGGGCCUGGCCCACAGCACUCGGCCCUACCCACCAAGUCCAAGGAGGAGCUGAGCGAAGGCUCCAGGAAGAAGAAGACCAAGAAGGCAGAUUAGGGGGUGGCCCAGGGGGCCCCUUGGGUGCCCGGAGAGGACCUGGACCCAGGAACCUCAGAGCCAGGGUGCCAGGAGGCAUCCUGGGCUUAGUUCUCCCCUCUCCAGGCCUCAAAUUCCCCACCUACAAACUGGGGCCACCCAUAUACCAAGGGCUGGUAUGGAGGGGUUUAUCAGUGAGAUAUGGGUAUAAGGGAAGUUAGGAAUGGGGGAGUCGCUUCCCCCCACCGGUCCUCCCCUCUCCAUUAGACUCAGCUUUUUUGUUUGGGGGGAGGAGCAGAGAAGCACUCCAGCAGCUCCAGCCAACACCCUUGGCAGUUCUGCUCUUGGUUAUUUCCUCUUUAAAAUUACAUCUUGAUCCCCAAAGAAUUUCAAGCCAUGUUGAGAUUCAUUCAUUUGAUGGACAUUUUCCUAAGUAUCUGCUCUGAGGCAGCUGCUGGGAUUUCUCCUCUCAUCCAGGUUCCUCCAGGACUUACCGUCCUCCCAGGCCCAGAAGGUUCCCCCUCGUCCUGGGUGUACGGGGCAAGUUGCCUCCUCUCAGCCUCAUGUCCCCAUCUGCACAAUGGAGACCCCCCUCCUGGCCUCCCCUGCAUGGAAGGGCCUAUGUGAGGCUGGACAUCAGCAAGCCUUACACACUCACAAGCACUGCACCUUCGGAGGAGGGGCCCUUCAGGAUGUUCCAUGUGCGUGAGAAUGGCUUUGCAUUUAGAUCCUUUGUGUUAGUGGAUCAAGAACCUCAUAAAGGCCUUUAGUAGAUAUAUCUAGGCCAGUCACGAGAGCUUGGACAUUGGGGAAGGUUUGUUCUAAUCCUUGACUUUGGGCUGCCCAGAAAGCAAAGAAAUGCUGCUGGCCAGCCAGGGGUUCCACGAUUCAUCUGCAGAAGCUCUGAGUGCUCCCUAACGGGCCCUAGAAGCACCCCUUGAGAUGAUGUCCUUCGUCACUAAUCAUUCAUCAACAAACGUUGAUGCCUUCCUCUGUGCCAAACCUUGUGCUGCUGUGGGUGGGCCAGGAACUUGCUUCAGGCUGAGAGAGGGGGAGAGUAGCUAAGGACCCCUCACAGCCAUCUUCUGAAGCCUAGACCACCAGAUUGAUGAGCACCACUGGGUGCCGGGGGAAUGGUAGGUGCAUAGGCAUGGCCUGUCUCAGGUGGGGUUUGUGCCCCUACGGGGUGGCCUGGGGGCUGCCCUCUGCCCAGGGGUACUUGGGACUUGGGGUAUCAGUCUGCUGUUAAGUCCAGAUCGGCACAGGGUUGGUGGGGUCCCAGGUGCUGCCCAGCUUUUUGAAAGUGCCUUGAUUGGGAGCUGGGUGGGUCCUGGGGCUACAGGCCCCUGGAUUUCUCCUCUUGCAUGUCCAGCAAGACUCACUGUUAAGGAUCAACAAAUAAAUGUUGUGAAAGA